AUGGCAAACGGCGGCGGCGGCGGCAGCAGCAGCAGCAGCAGCAGCAACGGCGGCGGUGGCGGCGGCGGCGGCGGCGGCGGAGGCAGCGGUCUUAGAAUGAGUAGCAAUAUCCACGCGAACCAUCUCAGCCUAGACGCGUCCUCCUCCUCCUCCUCUUCCUCCUCCUCCUCCUCUUCUUCUUCUUCCUCCUCCUCCUCCUCUUCCUCUUCGUCCUCGGUCCACGAGCCCAAGAUGGAUGCGCUCAUCAUACCGGUGACCAUGGAGGUGCCGUGCGACAGCCGGGGCCAACGCAUGUGGUGGGCUUUCCUGGCCUCCUCCAUGGUGACUUUCUUCGGGGGCCUCUUCAUCAUCUUGCUCUGGCGGACGCUCAAGUACCUGUGGACCGUAUGCUGCCACUGCGGGGGCAAGACGAAGGAGGCCCAGAAGAUUAACAAUGGCUCGAGCCAGGCAGAUGGCACUCUCAAGCCAGUGGACGAGAAAGAGGAGGUGGUGGCAGCCGAGGUUGGCUGGAUGACCUCUGUGAAAGACUGGGCAGGCGUGAUGAUAUCUGCCCAGACGCUGACUGGCAGAGUCCUGGUUGUCUUAGUAUUUGCUCUCAGCAUUGGCGCACUUGUAAUAUACUUCAUAGAUUCGUCCAACCCGAUAGAAUCCUGCCAGAAUUUCUACAAAGAUUUCACAUUACAGAUCGACAUGGCUUUCAACGUGUUCUUCCUUCUCUACUUUGGUUUGCGGUUUAUUGCGGCCAACGAUAAGCUGUGGUUCUGGCUGGAAGUGAACUCUGUGGUAGAUUUCUUCACGGUCCCUCCCGUGUUUGUCUCUGUGUACCUAAACAGAAGUUGGCUUGGUUUGAGAUUUUUAAGAGCUCUCAGACUGAUACAGUUUUCAGAAAUUUUACAGUUUCUGAAUAUCCUUAAAACAAGCAACUCCAUCAAGCUGGUGAAUCUGCUCUCCAUAUUUAUCAGCACGUGGCUGACUGCCGCCGGCUUCAUCCACUUGGUGGAGAAUUCAGGGGACCCAUGGGAAAAUUUCCAAAACAACCAGGCUCUUACAUACUGGGAAUGUGUGUAUUUACUCAUGGUCACGAUGUCCACCGUCGGCUAUGGAGACGUCUAUGCAAAGACCACCCUUGGGCGCCUCUUCAUGGUCUUCUUCAUCCUCGGGGGCCUGGCCAUGUUUGCCAGCUACGUCCCUGAAAUCAUAGAGUUAAUAGGAAACCGCAAGAAAUACGGGGGCUCCUAUAGUGCGGUUAGUGGAAGAAAGCACAUCGUGGUCUGUGGACACAUCACUCUGGAGAGCGUAUCCAACUUCCUGAAGGACUUUCUGCACAAGGACCGGGAUGAUGUCAAUGUGGAGAUUGUCUUUCUUCACAACAUCUCCCCCAACCUUGAGCUGGAGGCUCUGUUCAAACGACAUUUUACUCAGGUGGAGUUUUAUCAAGGUUCAGUCCUCAAUCCACACGAUCUUGCAAGAGUCAAGAUAGAGUCAGCAGAUGCAUGCCUGAUCCUGGCCAAUAAGUACUGCGCUGACCCGGAUGCGGAAGAUGCCUCCAACAUCAUGAGAGUGAUCUCCAUCAAGAACUACCAUCCGAAGAUCAGAAUCAUCACACAGAUGCUGCAGUACCACAACAAGGCCCAUCUGCUAAACAUCCCGAGCUGGAAUUGGAAAGAGGGCGAUGACGCAAUCUGCCUCGCAGAACUGAAGCUGGGUUUCAUAGCCCAGAGCUGCCUGGCGCAAGGCCUCUCCACCAUGCUCGCCAACCUCUUCUCUAUGAGGUCAUUCAUAAAGAUUGAAGAAGACACUUGGCAGAAAUACUACUUGGAAGGCGUCUCUAAUGAAAUGUACACAGAAUAUCUCUCCAGUGCCUUCGUGGGUCUGUCCUUCCCUACUGUUUGUGAGCUCUGUUUCGUGAAGCUCAAGCUCCUAAUGAUAGCCAUUGAGUACAAGUCCGCCAACCGAGAGAGCCGUAUAUUAAUUAACCCUGGAAACCAUCUUAAGAUCCAAGAAGGUACUUUAGGAUUUUUCAUCGCGAGUGAUGCCAAAGAAGUUAAAAGGGCAUUUUUUUACUGCAAGGCCUGUCAUGAUGACAUCACAGAUCCCAAAAGAAUUAAGAAAUGCGGCUGCAAAAGGCUGAUAUAUUUUGAAGAUGAGCAGCCAUCAACACUGUCACCCAAAAAAAAACAACGCAACGGGGGCAUGAGGAAUUCACCCAACUCCUCCCCGAAGCUGAUGAGGCAUGACCCCUUGUUAAUUCCUGGCAAUGAUCAGAUUGACAACAUGGACUCCAACGUGAAGAAGUACGACUCCACCGGCAUGUUUCACUGGUGUGCGCCCAAGGAGAUUGAGAAAGUCAUCCUGACUCGAAGUGAAGCCGCCAUGACCGUCCUGAGUGGUCACGUCGUGGUCUGCAUCUUUGGGGAUGUCAGCUCAGCCCUCAUCGGCCUCCGGAACCUGGUGAUGCCGCUCCGUGCCAGCAACUUUCACUACCACGAGCUCAAGCACAUCGUGUUUGUGGGCUCCAUCGAGUACCUCAAGCGGGAGUGGGAAACGCUGCAUAAUUUCCCCAAAGUGUCCAUCUUGCCCGGUACGCCAUUAAGUCGGGCUGAUUUAAGGGCUGUCAACAUCAACCUCUGUGACAUGUGCGUUAUCCUGUCAGCCAAUCAGAAUAAUAUUGAUGAUACUUCGCUGCAGGACAAGGAAUGCAUCUUGGCGUCACUCAACAUCAAAUCUAUGCAGUUUGAUGACAGCAUCGGGGUCUUGCAGGCUAAUUCCCAAGGAUUCACGCCACCAGGAAUGGACAGAUCUUCUCCGGACAAUAGCCCUGUGCACGGAAUGUUACGCCAGCCAUCCAUCACCACUGGGGUCAACAUCCCCAUCAUCACGGAACUCGCUAAACCUGGCAAGUUGCCUUUGGUAUCAGUCAAUCAGGAAAAAAACAGUGGGACGCACAUUCUAAUGAUAACAGAACUGGUGAAUGAUACUAAUGUUCAGUUUUUGGACCAAGAUGAUGACGAUGACCCCGACACAGAGCUGUACCUCACACAGCCCUUCGCAUGUGGGACAGCAUUUGCCGUCAGCGUCCUGGACUCGCUCAUGAGUGCGACAUACUUCAAUGACAAUAUCCUCACCCUGAUACGAACCCUGGUGACUGGAGGAGCCACACCAGAGCUCGAGGCUCUGAUUGCUGAGGAGAACGCUCUUCGCGGGGGCUACAGCACCCCGCAGACACUGGCCAACAGGGACCGCUGCCGUGUGGCCCAGUUAGCUCUGCUAGAUGGUCCCUUUGCGGAUCUAGGGGAUGGCGGUUGUUAUGGUGACCUGUUCUGCAAAGCUCUGAAAACAUAUAAUAUGCUUUGCUUUGGAAUUUAUCGGCUGAGGGAUGCUCACCUCAGCACCCCUAGCCAAUGCACAAAAAGGUACGUCAUCACCAACCCCCCCUACGAGUUUGAGCUCGUGCCCACAGACCUGAUCUUCUGCCUCAUGCAGUUUGACCACAACGCUGGCCAGUCCCGGGCCAGCCUGUCCCAUUCCUCUCACUCGUCACAGUCCUCCAGCAAGAAGAGUUCCUCGGUACACUCCAUCCCGUCCACGGCGAACCGGCCCAACCGGCCCAAGUCCAGGGAGUCCCGCGACAAACAGAAUGCAGCAAGGAUGAAUAGGAUGGGCCAAGCAGAAAAGAAAUGGUUUACAGAUGAACCGGAUAAUGCCUAUCCCAGAAACAUUCAAAUCAAGCCCAUGAGUACCCACAUGGCUAACCAGAUCAACCAAUACAAAUCCACAAGCAGCCUGAUCCCUCCAAUCAGAGAAGUUGAAGAUGAAUGUUGACUCCCAGGAGACCAGAACUAUUUUUUUAAAGCCUGACAAACUUCAUAAAUGGUGAUGUGACUUUUUUUCCUUACAUGCUGAAUCACUGGUGGAAACAUUACUACGAUAAGCAAGGAUUUCAAGAAAAUAGACAGAUCUUUCUCUUUGUCUGCCUUGAAUAUCGCUUCCAUGUAUUUUGGAAAAGAAAGUGAUUUCAUUUAUAAAUGAACAUAAUAAAAUAGUCAUGUAUAGCCUCUAGCAUUUUAAAUUAUUUUUAUUUAUUAGAAAGAAAAUAUAUUUUUUUUCAUUGUCAGUUAUCUUCCCUUAUAUCGAAUCAAUGCAAAAUCAAAACGAAUAAGUGGCCAGACUCCUUAGUAUGUAUUUCUCUCCUUUCUCUCUUUUUCUUUGAGGAGAAUGAUGGUCACCACCACAAUUAAUUGUAAUUAAAUGAAAUGGAUUACUAAAACAUCAUUUUAAAAUGAUCAACAAUGUAUACCAUAAUGUAUUUUAGUAAAUCCAAAAGAAAAAGACAUAAGAGGGCAGGUAAGUCCUUGCUCCUCUCACGAGUGGUGUGUAUUUUGAUCGCCUUGACACCAGCUCUUAAUAAAUCCGAACUUACUUAUUUUCACAGUUGGAAGUAAGAUCUUUGUAGUUUCAGUUUUUAUUCUGUAUUUCUUACCCCUUGGUUCAUAGAUUUAAAAGACCUUCUUCCAGCUUUACUGCGAUUGCCUGAUCAGGUUAACCCAGCCAGCUGAGGAUACCAGGAAGGUUGCAGGCAUACCCAGGAUGUGGAAGUUGAGAACCAGAGGCACUCAAGACCAGGUUCUGUUCAUUGUUCUAAUGGUGGGGAUACCUCCAUGCUGCUAUGCUUCCCAUUUCAUCGCUACAAACACCCAAGCAAGUAAUUUAACCUUUGGAAGGACCUGGCGGGCUCCUUCCCCACCCCAAGUCUCUGAGAUUUGACCUGGUGGACUCCUUCCCCACCCGAAGUCUCAGAGCUUUGACCUGGUGGGCUCCUUCCCCACCCCAAGUCUCUGAGAUUUGACCUGGUGGACUCCUUCCCCACCCCAAGUCUCAGAGCUUUAACCUGGUAGGCUCCUUUCCCCACACCAAGUGUCAGAGCUUUUAACCUGGACACCAAUGAAUAGUUUUUAACAUAACAAUAGGAUCUGAAAUGCACUCAUUCUUGUCACUGGGUUUUUGUUUAAAUGCCAGAAGAUGUCUGUGAUCAAGGAGAUUUUAAUUUGCUGGCUUUCUUUGAUUUAGUUGCUGGGAUAAAACAUUUAAAUUUGCUAAAAUAAUAUCAAACAACAAUAAUAACAAAAAGGAAAGCAACAAAUGCACUUAAUAUAGACUGUUAGAAAAAAAAAAAAAAGGGCCUUUGAAAAUUACCAGCAAUGAAAUAAAAUGUGUCAGCCACUUCAAACUGUGGUCAAAAGAUUUUUUCUAGCCAUCAGAUGCAGUUGUGAUAUCUCAGAGCUCUGCUGUGGCCUGCAUGCUCAGUGUACAGUCCCCCCAACAACUGUUUUGUUCCAACGACUUAGCAAGUCUUUCAUCUUCCAAAUGUUCAACCUCUGAUAGGAUCAUCAGGAUCUCCAGAGAAGCAUGGAUGUGAUAGUGAUUUUUAUUUUCUUUAAAAAAAAUGUAAAUUGUGGACACUUUAUCAAACUAAGCAAAAUUAGCCCCUAAAGUCCCAUGAUAUCUGUUCCAUUAACUCUUUUAGGCCAUGACCCUGUGUCACCUAGUUAUGAUCGUGCAAAUCAGAUCAGAGCAAAGCAAUGAGAUCACCAUGACAGCAUAUGUCCACUAAGUGCACCAAGUACCAACCCAGGCCACAUGAGCUUCCACCUCUCUCCACGCCCUGCAGAGCCAACGUAGCUGUCCUUCCGCCUCGUAGGAAUUGUCCUGCAGUGACUUGCCAGGCUGUGGCUACUCUGUUGUCACAUUUUGUAGAAUUAGUUCUAAUAAAGAGUAUUGUGAACAUAUGUACAUCCAAUCGGAUCGUUUAAAAAAAAAGAAUUAUUAUCAAUUGCUAGUCUAAUCAGCUGACUCAAAUGAUGUCAACAGUCUAUAUUCAGGCUUAUAAACAUUUCUUGGUUUCCAGCAGAACUCAAAGCAAAGAAAAAAAAUUGUUGUUUGUGGGGAGAAUCCCCUGCCAUGAUUUUGACAGCCUUCCUGAAAGCUAGGCCUCCCUUCUACAGAAUGACUUUUCAUUGGCGUCACCUAGGUACACUCACGUCAAUCCACGCUCUUCUUUCCUUCAUGGACCACAGUAGGUUCUUUUUCACUCUCGGUCCUGGUAACACACCUCUGAACUUGCUGAGUUUGUCACAGUUCUUUGGUUUCCCACAGCAGCAAUAGUGACUACUUAGAGGCUCCUUCUUUGCACCCCAUGCAACCUUCCACUGGCCCCUCUCUGUCAAGACAACCUGAAAGCAGAAGUGUGAACUCCAUCCCCCUUUUAAAUCCACUUACGGUAGAGAUAUGACCCUAAGCUUUUUCUUAUUAAUAAUGGCUAUGAUAGUUUCCUAUAGCCAAGGGCUCCUCCUUUUACUAAACAUCCUCCAAAAAAUCAAGAGGGCAGAAAUCCUGCUU